AUAGCUUCUCCUCUAGACUAGUGGAAAGAAAGUGUAGCAAACAUACAUUUAGUUGCUUAUCUGACUACAUUUUUUCUAAGUAUCCAGUUUUAUAUCAGAAGCAUUACUUUAUAUAGGUUGUGGUCAUUUCUGAUUUGUGGAUUGACAUAAUAAUGCGUCCAAAAUCUCCUGUGUAAAAAGCAAAAUAAGAAUGUUUUAUCCACUGUUAAGAUUGCAGCUGUCGAAGUGUAAAAAAUUAGCGCAUGCUUGAAAAGAAAAUGCCUUGUUAUAAAAAACCUCUGAUAUCAUUAAUUAAUUGUUUUCCAUUCUGAUAACUGUUUGCAAAAUAAAUAAAUAGGGGAUUCACUAAUGUCUCACCUUAAAAACUGAACUGUCUAUCAAAGUUGAUUAUUUCAGAUGAUAAACAGUUAUUUUAAUAAACAGUCAAAGUUAAAAAUACAAUUUUCAUUUGUUAAUGUAACCCAUGAGCCAAAAACAUUGCAAUUUUAGGUAUUUAUAAAAGUAUAUUACUUCAUGAUUUUGCUGUCUAGAAAUACAUUUCCCUUUUCCACUCUUUGGUUUAGUUUUAUUUCUUUAUUGUGUGCACUAAAUGAUUUCUUUUUUUCUUCAGUAGUUUUCAAAGCUAGCGUGACAAUUGGUUCACUGUUUAUCUCACGCAAGCUGUUACAUAUCACUGUGGGCCUGUCCAAGCGCCUGUUGCUAUCUCUGAGGUGUGUCGGGUGUGUCCGUUUACUGUUCUACAUAUAAAAGCCUAAAGCUUUUCAGGUGGUUAAGACAACUUCAAACGAAAAGUCAACAGGCAAGAUGACCAGUCUUUCUGCUAAGGACAAGAACACAGUCAAAGCCUUUUGGGCUAAAGUGGCUGGCAAGGAGGAACAAAUCGGCUGUGAUGCUGUCUCCAGGAUGCUGACAGUGUACCCUCAGACCAAGACUUAUUUCUCCCACUGGAAGGACCUGAGCCCCGGCUCUGCCCCGGUGAAGAAGCACGGAGCAACCGUGAUGGCUGCAGUUACUGAUGCUGUCAGCAAAAUCGACGAUCUGACCGGAGCUCUUCUGAGCCUCAGUGAGCUGCACGCCUUCACUCUGAGAGUGGACCCUGCUAACUUCAAGGUUCUUGCUCACAACCUCCUCGUGGUUCUGGCCACCGUUUUCCCCAACGAUUUCACUCCUGAGGUCCACGUGGCGAUGGACAAGUUUCUGGCUGCUGUGGCUCGUGCAUUGUCUGAGAAAUACCGUUAAAGUGUACACAGGAGCAGAUGUCUCAAUUUGAAUAAUAAAAAAUAAUAAUAAAAUAAAAAUCAAAUUCAAUCAAA